AUGCCGCCCAAUGUGGCCAGCCAGAUAAAGGAUUUCAGCGAAGUGUCUGAAGGAUGCGGCGUGCCGCUGGGAGUCGAGGUGGAGCUCCAAGUCGCUCACAGCACCCAGAUUUGGAAGUCCCUCGUGAGCUUCACAGCGGGCGCUGCAUACGGACUAACCUCCGUGGCAGUCGGGCAGCCCUUCGACACAAUCAAAACGCGCAUGCAGGCGAAGCCCGAUGCCGUCCGUGCAAGCGCAUGGAGGGUGGGGGCAGAAAUUCUGCAGAACCAUGGGCCACUGGGUUUGUACAGAGGAGGGCUUCCUGUCGUGCUUGGUGGCACCAUGUUUCGAUCUGCGCAGUUUGGCUUCUACGACUUUGCUCUCAGGCAUCUCAGAAGUGCGACGCCUCCAUACAAGAUUGGCUUUCUUGAUUGGCAGAUAGCUCUGGCUGGUGCCAUGGGAGGCUUCGCCCGUGGUGUCAUCGAGGCUCCUUUUGACUUGGUGAAAGUCUGCAGGCAGGUCGAACAUGCGUGGAGCUUCCGGACCCUGCUUCAUGGCUCUUCCGUCACCAUCGUGCGCAACAUGGGGCUCUUCAGCAGCUUCUCUAUCUACCGUGAUAUACUGUCCUCCCUAAACCCUGCCGGCAUCCCACCAUUCUGGAUGGGUGCAAUCUGCUCAAACAUGGCAUGGCUUACAAUCUGGCCUCUUGACGUCAUCAAAAGCCAAAGGCAGAGUGGCAACUUCGAUUCCAAGAGUUGCUGGACGCUGCUGACGGAGGCUGCUCGGACCGGCCUCCUCUUUCGGGGCCUAGCCCCCGGUCUCCUACGGAGCACAUUGGCCAACGGGACUGCCAUGGUUGCAUACAAGAAGGUGGAGGAAGUGGCUGAUGUGACAUUGCCGCGGUGGCGGUGA